CUCAUACCUGCCAACGCAUGCCAACCACUACCUUACCCCUUCUACCAGUGGUUUCUAAGGAAGUGCCCCUGCAACACCAGUGGCCUCCCUUCAGACACGCCCCUCGGACAGCAUCCAAUGGCUACGGGGGUUGUCGUGGCGACGGUGGACUAUGAGCCUCUGGACCCUGAGGAGCUGGCGCUGAGCGAGGGGGAGGAGCUAGAGGUGGAGGGCUUCCUGCUCACGGGACUCUGCCUCUUCGUGGGGCGGAGCCUCAGCAGCGGCCUUGUGGGAUUCGUCCACAAGGAACACGUGAGGCCCGCAGACCUCAAAGCCACGCCUGCUGAGCUGCAGUUUAUGAGUGAGGAGGAGAGGGAGGACCUCUACGGCCUGGAGCCGGAACUUACACACUCACACACACACACACACCUGCUCAGACAGCUCUCCGCAUCUGACAUAAGCACCGUCUACAGAAUGGACACUCUGGACGAGUCCGAUUUCACAUACAUCAAAAGUCAGCCCAAAUCAGAGCCGGAGCCCAUUUCCCGCAGGCAGACAUUAGACUCCGCCCCUCAGCGGCAGUCAUGGACCUGGCCACGCCUCUCCCUCUCCGCAUCGCAGAUGUCCAUUGGUCGAGCCGCAGCAGGAGGGAUGACCAUUGGCCGAUCACAAUAUCACUCAGUCUUCAGUCUCGACGACACCUUCCGAGAGGCGGAGACUGUGGAGGAGGAGGCGGGGUUAUGUGAUUUAUGGGAGGAGCUUAGCGAUGGAGAGGAAGAGUCAUGCGAGGAGCUAAUGAGGCUACUGGACACGGCCACCCAGUUACAGGAAGUGGACGUGUGUGACGCCUCUUUGGAUUGGCUGCGGCGCAUGUGUGUGUGCGGCUGGGACGAGCAUGUGUGCGAGCUGCGCGGCGCGUGCGAGGACGUGUGUGUGUAUGAGCGAGCUCUCUUGCGGCGUCUGGAGUGUGUGCGCGAGGCCGCUAAGCAGCGUGGGUGUUCGUGGGCGUUGCGGCGUGUGUGUUUCCUGCUCGGCCGCGUAUGCGAGCGCGGGAUGCGGCUGUCGCAGGCGCGCGUGUAUUACGAGGAGGCGUUGGGCGUGUGUGUGUGCGGCUUCGCCGACCCCCCGCUCCUCACCGCUCUCUACACACACCUGGCCGCGUUGUACAUACACACGCGGCAGACGGACAAGCUGGCGCACACACACACGCUCUCGCGCAGCGCUACGCUCAUGCUAACUCAGACGCGGCUAAGGACGACGUCAACGCACCAACUGCAGAUGCUGCAGCCGCUCAUGUGCCACGCGCUGUUGCUAGGGCAACGGGCGCUGGAGGGGCGCGUCUGCUUCCUCUUCCUGUCUCUGCUGCUCCAAUUGGGCCGUCAGGAGGAGGCCCUCCCCUUCCUGGAGAGGCUGCAGUUUCUGAUUGGCUCGCAGCGGGCCAAUCGUGCGUGCCCGGAGGCGGGUCCUGAUCUCAGCUGGCUUCUGAGUGUGCUGUACCACCGCAGGUAUCAGCCUCAUCUGGCAUUGGCUGCUCUCAGUCUUGACUCCUCCCCUCCACGCGGGCUAGGCCACGCCCUCGGCCGGCUGCACCUAUACCUGCGCAGCUCAGAACGUCAGGCCCCGCCCACCGGCAGUCAGAUCACGCCCACCUCCAUCCCCACGCAGGCUCUGGUGUUCCUAAAGCAGGCGCUCCACAUCGCCGCCCUGGAGGCCAGGCACAUACAGCACAGGCAGCUCUGCAUCAGCCUCGCGUGGGUGUAUCUGCAUCAUGGUGUGCUACAGGAGGCGGUGCUUUAUGCAGAGCAGGCUGUGGAGGCGGGGUCUCGGCUGGGAGAGGAGGAGGAGUUUGAAGCCCGCGCUCUACACGGUUGGCUGCUGAUUUUGACUGGCAGCUCGGAACAGGCGAAGUCCGUCCUCACGCCGCUGCUGACAUCACUGCAGGGUUCCGAUUGCCCCUCCCCUAAAGGCGUGGUCCACACCCUAUUGGCCCUGGCCUUGCGUCGCCUAGACAACCUGCAGGAGGCGGGUUCUCACCUGUGUGCUGCACUGCGGUUGGCCAGGGAGAGUGGCCACACCCCCAACCAGGCCGUUGCCCUUAGCAACCUGGGUUGCCUAGCGCUGGGGGCGGGAGCGGUGGGCGUUUCCGAGGGGUUUCUAGGGAGAUCGCUACACCUGUUCCCACAGCUAGGGGGCGCACACACACAGGAGCAUGUGCAGACUCUGCUGUGGAUGGGGCGGAGCUACAGCAGCCAGGGGCGGAGCCAAAGGGCCAGCUUAGCCAAUGAGAUGGCUCUCCUCAUUGCCAUGCACGCCAAGGACAUCCAGAGUCAGCUGGUGGUUGCUAAGGUCCUGAGUCGUUACUAUGCCAACGAGCUGCUGUACAGCCAGAGCAUCGUUUACUACGAGCAGUGUGUAGCGUUGUCACGGCAACUACGGGACAAGCGCAUGGAGGGAGACUUCCUGGAGAUACUAGGCAACCUCUACCUGUCAAUCAACACCGAGGGGUCCUCUCGGCGGUCUC